UCUAAAAUCAGCCUUUCCAAAUACGCACGCCGCUCAAUAGCAAAGCUACGAAUCAAUAACAGCUUUUACUGAAACAGUGCAGGGGGACUUUAAUUAAUCACUAAAGAUCUGAGCACUAGGAUCAUAACUUUAUUAGCUGCAGCUACACGUUGCUGCAGUGUCACCAAAGGGGCGUAAAAAUCGGCUGCGCGCCGCUCCUGAACGUCUCCUGAUUACGAGCUGCGCUGGGAGCUGCAGACAGUGGAGGACUUCGGCAGGGACCUGCCGUGUGGAGUCCUCACAGCCCUAUGAGCCUGGAAACACCGCUGCUGGGUCAAAGGAUGGGGAACGUCCGCAGUGAACCGGUUGUUACGCUGCGCGUUUGCUCUGGAAGUCCUGCGCGUCUUCUGACAAAAACUCCACAGCCGGAAGAAUGACUAAAGGUGUGCUGUGACAAACCUCUGCAUGACUUUCUGUUUUUUUUGUUUUUGUUUUUUUUUAUCAUGUUCAGAACAUUUCCGUUAUGUAGUGUGCGGUAAAAGGAAACAACAGCUGCGCCAGAUGCGUUUGUUUUUGGGACCUUUCCUCAAAUCCCGAAGCUCUUGGAGGAUUGUUGGGUCGGAGGGAAAGACUGAACCCGAUUUCCAAGUGUUGCUGCUCCCCCUGAACAUGUGCAAAACGUCGCCGCCCGCGCACACAGUCAUAUGGACCAACAGUAACCGCUGGCCCGGGUCUAAAUCUGCCUGAAACAUGCUUAUCUUGUGGGUGCCGGUGAGUUUAUUCUUCGGUUUUAUCAUUUCGCAGACGUGGAGCGUUCAGAUGUCGUGGGAAAAAUGGAACGCCGAGCUGCACAGCCAAAGGAAUGAGUUUGAGAAGUCGAGCACUCAGCCGCACAUCGUUUUUAUCCUGGUGGAUGAUCAAGGCUUCCGGGAUGUCGGGUACCACGGCUCCGAGAUCAAAACCCCGACCUUGGACCAGCUGGCAGCGCAGGGAGUCAAACUGGAGAAUUACUACGUCCAGCCGCUCUGCAGCCCGUCCAGGAGCCAACUCAUGACCGGCAGGUAUCAGAUCCACACAGGCCUUCAACAUUCCGUCAUCCGAGCUACCCAGCCCAACUGCCUACCCCUGAAAAAUGUCACCCUGCCCCAGAAGCUAAAGCAAGCAGGCUACUCCACCCACAUGGUGGGGAAGUGGCACUUGGGUUUUUACAAACGUGACUGCCUUCCUACCCAGCGUGGCUUUGACACCUUCUUUGGCUCCCUGCUGGGAAGUGGGGACUACUACAGUCACUACAAAUGUGAAGGGCCCGGUAUGUGCGGCUAUGAUCUGUAUGAAGGGGAAGAAGCAGCUUGGGAACAGGACCGCGGGUUGUACUCUACUGUGAUGUUUACACGAAAGGCUAUCAGUAUUUUAGCCAAUCACGACCCUCAUAAACAACCUUUGUUUCUUUACUUGGCGUACCAGGCGGUUCAUUCCCCGCUGCAAGUUCCCGCCCGCUACCUCGAGCGCUACAAGAGCAUUCCAAAUCUGUACCGUCGCAAAUAUGCUGCCAUGGUUUCCUGCCUGGAUGAAGCCAUUCACAACCUCACAUUAGCGCUAAAACACUAUGGCUAUUAUGACAACACGGUUAUUGUGUACUCCUCUGACAAUGGAGGGCAGCCUUUAGCAGGUGCAAGCAACUGGCCUUUGAGGGGGAGUAAGGCCACCUACUGGGAAGGGGGCAUCAGGGCAGUGGGCUUUGUUCACAGCCCCCUGUUAGUGAACAAAGGGACAAAAUGUCGAUCUUUGAUCCACAUCACUGACUGGUUCCCCACACUGGUAACCCUAGGUGAGGGAACUUUAGAUGAAGACCUCAAUCUAGAUGGGUAUGAUGUUUGGGAAAGUAUCAGUGAAGGCCGGCGAUCACCUCGUCACGACAUUCUCCAUAAUAUUGACCCAAUUUACAUCAAAGCCAAGAACGGUUCCUGGAAGGCCGGGUACGGCCUAUGGAACACAGCCAUUCAGGCUGCUCUCCGGGUGGGCCACUGGAAGCUACUAACGGGUGUGCCCGGCUACAGUGACUGGGUGCCCCCACAGACCUUCUUGAACCAGCGGCAAACCACUCGCUUGCACAAUGAACGGGUCCGCUGGGACCGGGGUAAAUCCAUCUGGCUGUUCAACAUCACAGCUGAUCCCUAUGAGAGAGUGGACUUGUCUCAGAAGUACCCGCAUAUAGUAAAGAAGAUGCUAAUGCGGCUAGCGCAGUACUACAAGACUGCUGUGCCGGUAUGCUACCCAGCUAAAGACCUGCGUUCUAAUCCUCAGUACAACGGGGGUGUGUGGGGACCCUGGUACAAAGACGAGCGGGAGCGGCACGAAGAGGAUGAGAUAUAUAAUAACUUGUUCACCAAUCAUUUGGGUAAAAAAAGAUGGAAAAAAAAAUCAAAGAACAGAAAGUCAAGAAGGAAGGUAGAAGAAUAGCACAUUACAUGCCACAUUUGUGAGUGACUUCCGUUAACAUUUACUCAGGGAUUGAUGCUUCGUGUUUCAGGACAUUUAUGCUUCGAUCUUAGCCAUGCUAACUCCGGGUACUUUUAACUUGACUCCAGAGUAUACUGUAUGAAAAAAAAUGCAGAUGGACAUUUUCAGAGUUGUUCAAGAGAACAAGGAAAAGAUUGGUUAUUCAAACACUACUGCUAUGCCCAGACACAACUAAGACCUCAUGUUAAAGACACGGGCAUUUAAAGAAUGUUUAUUUUUCUAGAUUCUGUUGCAUGCUUGAACUGUUGUCACCUUCAGAUUGUUUUAUAUAGACUGAUGUCUCACAUAGAGACAGUUCUCCUAGACAGUUGCCAUAAAGUAUGGUGACAGACAAAUAAAAUAAAAUAAAGUUCUAUUAUGUUGUUGAUUGAAGCACUAUAGUACUGUGGAAACAGAUGUGUGAUUUAUGUGAUGUGCAAAUUGAUGUAUGUUGGUUUUUAUAAGCAUAGUCUGUGUGAACUUUAAAAUAAUAGAUGUUUCCUUUUUUCUUAGAUGACACCUGAUUGGUCACAAACCAAACUGAAUGUGAGACAAAUUAACAAAAUAAAAGCCUUAGACACAA